GAUUUGGGGAAUCCCAUGAGUGCGGGGCUGCACUGCCAGGGUAUGUGUCACAUUGAUCCCCACCGUGUCCAGCCCUCUCUGACCGUGCUCUCUGGUUGCAGACAUGCCACGGGCAAGGCUCAGCAUGGCAACUUCCUGGUGGCCAUCAAGCAGGAGAAGGGAGAGUCGGCGCGGGUGGGCAACGAGAAGCCGGAGGAGGAGCCAGUGAAGAAGAGGGGCUGGCCCAAGGGCAAGAAGAGGAAGAAGAUCCUUCCCAACGGCCCCAAAGCCCCCGUGACRGGCUACGUGCGCUUCCUGAACGAGCGGCGUGAGCAGAUCCGCACGCAGCAUCCCGACCUGCCCUUCCCAGAGAUCACCAAGAUGCUGGGAGCRGAAUGGAGCAAACUGCAGCUCUCGGAGAAGCAGCGGUACCUGGAUGAAGCAGAGCGGGAGAAGCAGCAAUACAUGAAGGAGCUGCGGGAAUACCAGCAGUCAGAGGCCUACAAAAUGUGCACAGAGAAGAUCCAGGAGAAAAAGAUCAAAAAAGAGGACACGGGCGCGGUGGCUGUGAACACCCUGCUCAACGGGCACCUGCACAAGGCUGGUGAGUGCAGUGACACCUUCUCCACCUUCGAUGUGCCCAUCUUCACCGAGGAGUUCUUGGACCAAAACAAAGCCCGCGAGGCCGAGCUGCGGCGCCUGCGCAAGAUGAACACGGAGUUUGAGGAGCAGAACGCCAUCCUGCAGAAGCACACAGAGAGCAUGAACUGUGCCAAGGAGAAGCUGGAGCAGGAGCUGGCGCAGGAGGAGCGGCAGACCCUGGCCCUGCAGCAGCAGCUCCAGUCUGUGCGGCAGGCCCUCACUGCCAGCUUCGCCUCCCUCCCCAUCCCUGGCACUGGGGAGACCCCCACGCUGAGCACCCUGGACUUCUACAUGGCCAAACUGCACAGUGCCAUCGAGAGCAACCCCCUGCAGCACGAGCCACUGGUGCUGCGUGUCAAGGAGAUCCUGUCCCGCAUCGCCAGUGAACACUUGUGAGAGGACCAGUCCUUCCAGACCCCGGCCUGUCCUUUGCAGCUCACACAAGGGACAGUCUCUGCAGGUGGUCUGGCUGCUCCCCCUGCCCCUCGCACCUUCCUGCAGCCCCAGCCCAGAGCGCCCGACCCARCUCUGGGGGACCUUGAGCUUUGGGGGGACAAGCGGUGACAGGGCUGAGAGCCCAGCCGGGGCAGCAGUGGUGUGAGCACCCCCUGCUCUCCCCUGAGCCCCCCAGCCCUGCCUUGCCAGCCAGGGGCUCCCAAAGCCUGACUGGGCAGGGGAGGUGCUGGUGGGUUUGGGCCUGGAGUGAAU